AUGACCGCCACCAUACCGCUCCCAGACGCACCUUGGCCUGAGGGUACAGACCCCGCCGUCAUCGCCAAAUCUGAACUGCAAUCGCAAGUGCGCGAUGCUACAGAGUGGGCGACGAAUUCGGAUCCUUCCCAAGGGGGUUUUGUGAACAUGGAAAUGUAUAGGCGUAUUCAGGAAUGGGUGAAGAACCCAUGCGUUGGAGAUUAUAGAUGGGAUCCUGCAGCAGCGAUUGACUAUGGCCUUUCCCGGCUAAUCACAAGGUAUCUCUUGGCUCGACAGGAGUCACAGCUGCUAACCUUCAUUGAUGCUCUGUUCUUGACGCAGCUCAUCCCACGAGAUCGUCUCGCUCCAUACGCACCCCUCCUCGAACCCCUCUCAGAGCCUCCACCAGACGCCGCAGGUGCCAACCUCAACUUUCUCAUCACCACCCUCGCUGCCUCCCUCCACACUCUCGCCGAGCUCGAAGCCAAGAACGUAGAGGCAAAGAAGAAGGCAGAUGAAGAGGCAAAGAAGAAGGCGGAAGAAGAUGCAAUGUGGGAGCGGACGGCGGAACUGUAUGGGUGGGGAAGCAGGCCGGAGAUGGGGUAUGGUGGAUAUGCUGGAGGGUAUGGUGGAUAUUCUCCGCCGAUGGUUGGGUAUGGACCUUAUCCGAGUAUGACAUCGCCCAUGCCUGGAGCUUAUGCGCCCAUACCACUUCCUGAAGCGGCGCCGCCGGAGCCACCCAAAAAGUAUGUGUCUUGGUUUCCGCCCAUCUCUCAGGAUGAUUGGUGGGUGGGGAAAGGGAGACCGGAUGCAAAGCCCGCUUGA